UGCAUCGACCACAAGCAACCUCGCCACGCCUUGAGAGGUUGCUACUGUCAUGAAGCGUUACCAGAAGCUCCUGGGCCCUAUUUUGUUGGGUUUGUGCGCUUGGGGAGUGGUCCGAGGGUACUGUGCAAAGCAAGGGGAAUGCAGGCAGCCGAUCCUAGAUGUCAUCGAAGUGCUGCCCAUGUACAACUUGAUCGUAUUUGGCUGCUACGCGCUGGCGAAAAUUGGACUAGGGUUGAUUGCGUUCAAGGACUGUUCCGAGGAUGCUGCGCUCCUUGAUGAGGAUAUCCAGGCUGCGAGAAAAGAUCUCACGAAACGUGGAUUCAAGUUUUGAUAAGCGAAAAUCGUUGCUACCCUCUGGCACCCCUUGCCAUUUGUGCGGAAGGGCCCCUGCCAAUUGUUUUGUUCUGUCACGUUGUCCUUGUUAUUUUGGAGAAGACGAGGUGCAUCGCGUUUGACCGGGCUUGUUCGUUUCCGUUUCCGUGUUUCGAGAUGGUCGCUUAGAAAUGAAACUUGGUCGCUCUGUGAUCAGGGUAGCGUGUUGUUGCUGUUGAUACUGUACCUGUACGUAGAAUUUAUGUAUUCGGCAAGCCAUUUGUCGCGAAUGGUCGUUAGUUGAGGAGGGUAUACGUGGCGCUGUAGAAGACAUAGCUUGGGUGCCGCGGAAGAGACAUUUUGGAAAUCUGUAGCAUGGGGAGUUGAAAAAUAACCUGACCAUGGGACCAUUAGGUCUUUACCAACAGCAACCUUCUCAGGUGUAAAACAUCGGCAAUAUGGCGUGCGUUUGCGUGUUGCACCGUACAGACCACAU